AGCAGUGAACAAAACCUCUCCAUUUCAUCCGUCCCUGAACACGAUUAUGACAGCGCAAUUGCUGCUUCUCCUGCUAUUUGUGAUUUUGAAUUCAGAGGAUUUAUUCUUGGGUGUAAUUGGUAAGCCCCACAAGGCGAAACAUGAAGUGACAUCAUCCAGUGAGGAAUCCUGCCAUUUCCCUUUCCGUUACCAACGCAAAAUGCACUACUCCUGUCUCCCUCGUGCCUUUCUUAAAUCUCAGCACUGGUGCUCCACCACAGAAAACUAUGACCGAGACCAACAAUGGAAGCUUUGUCGGAAAGAGGAAAGGCCAACAGGGCACUGUGAUCCUAACCCCUGCCAGAAUGGGGGUGCCUGUGAAGCUAGGAAGAUUGGAUUCCAUUGUACCUGCACAGCUGGUUUCCAUGGGAGACGCUGUGAGAAAGAAGGCUGCUUUGGAUCACAAAGAUGGUUGCAUAUGGGCAAAAAGGAAACAUGGCUGCAAUAUUUUCCCUCUACUGGACUGAAGGAGUGUCACUGUAGCAGAAAGAAGAUUCUCUGCAAGACGGUGCAUGGAAAAGCGUGCAGAAGCAACCCUUGUCUGAAUGGAGGUCAGUGCGUACAGCUGGGCCAGAACUUGGUCUGUAGCUGCCCUGAAAAAUUUUCUGGACCACUGUGUGACAUAGAUCACACUGAAAUCUGCUACAGUGGGAAUGGGCACCUAUACCGAGGCAUGGCUCAGAGGAGUUCCUCGGGGGCACCUUGCCUACCCUGGGACUCUCCAAUCCUGCUUAUGGAGUAUUCUUUCAAAUUCAGGAAUGCAGUAAGCCUGGGUCUAGGGGAACAUGCCUUCUGCAGAAAUCCAGAUAACGACACCCAACCAUGGUGUUUCUUGCUACAAGACAGGCGAAUCACUUGGGAAUACUGUAACAUUACUCGCUGUCAACCCCAAACUGCUGGUGAACUGAUAACAAAAGUGACAGGAGCACCACCUCUGGAGGAGAUGACCAUGAGCCACGCGGAUAGCAAACCCUGGUCUCCCACUGGCUCAGCACCAGUUUGUGGACAGCGCUAUACAAAAGUCAUUUCCUCACGCAGCCGUAUUGUCGGGGGUAUGGUGGCACUUCCUGGUGCCCAUCCCUAUCUUGCUGCUCUCUACAUUGGAGAGCAGUUCUGUGGAGGAAGCCUCAUUGAUUCCUGCUGGAUCCUGACUGCUGCACAUUGUCUGGAAUUCAGGCCAGAUGUGUCUAGAAUUUCAGUGGUGCUUGGCCAGAUCUUCUACAACACCAGCACUGAAGGCACUGUGAAGUUCCAGGUACAGAAGUAUCAAGUGCAUGCAAAUUAUUCACAAAUAACUAAGGAGCAUGACAUUGCUCUGGUGCAACUGAAGGAAAAGUCCCCAGGACGUUGUAUUGAAUUUUCAAACUCUAUUUCACCUAUUUGUCUGCCUGGUUCCUUCGAGGCAGCUGAUAGCAGUGAACACUGCCAGAUUGCAGGAUGGGGACAUAUGUAUGAAGGAGCUGACAAACUCUCUGUAUAUCUGCAGGAAGCAGAUGUGCCCAUCAUUCCCCAUGAGCAGUGUCAUUCCCCAGAGGUACAUGGGUCCCAGAUUACCCAAUACAUGCUAUGUGCAGGAUACCUGGAAGGAAGAAUCGAUUCAUGUCAGGGAGAUUCUGGUGGGCCCCUGGCAUGUGAAAAGCAAGGCAAGGCUACCAUCCGUGGCAUUGUCAGCUGGAGCACAGGGUGUGCCCAAAAGAACAAACCUGGGGUUUACACCAAUGUUGCUCACUACCUCAGCUGGAUUCAGAGCAACAUGCAUUAGCAAGGCAGAGAGCAGAAAGCCAGUGAAAUUGAAAUCCAGGGCCAUGCAGCAGCUCUCCCCAGGGGUUUGAACGUCGUUUUCUCUCUUAUUGUAUGCGCAGUUCUCUAGGCUAGAUGCUGAACAUUACAGAAUCGGAGGAUACCAGUUGUGUGGGUUAUUUUUUGGGAUAAUAAACCAUCCUGCACCAAAUGUUCAGACUCCAUGUUGUAGGCUGAAAAAACCUUUACUGAGACAAUGGGAAGGCUACCGCUUGAGACAUACUGCUCUCUCAUCCCUGCUAGGAAGGUAUAAAUGCCAGAUGGGUAAUUGUCUGUACUGUCUCCCAAAGCCUCACAUUUGUUAUUCAUGCAUGCUCAAUACAUCUCAGCAACAGGCAUCUCUUUGGUGUUGUUGAAAGAAAAAUCAUCAUUCUAAUAGUGGUGGGUUAUGUCCUAAAGGUCAAGUCCUACUUCUCUGAAGACAUUUUGGUGAAGGCAUUUUGCUUAUGGUGGCCCAGUCUUUCUGAAUAGGUUUAUCAAAUCUGCAUUUCUACAGAGCUGGCCUGCUCAGUUUCUGCCGGGUGAAACUUGGGCAGAAAAGCCUUUUAAGAUUCCCCCCCCUCCAUUAUUCCUUUGGGAAAAAUAUAAUAUUCUGCCUCUUUUUAAUAUCCCCCAAAAUAUUUCCUUCUCUAGCGGGGAGGGUGGUUGCUGACUUCCAACAGUAUCAUUCUUCAAGAGAUACUGAAAAGGUAGGUUUUUCCUCCAAUGGACAGAACCACGAAAUGUGCUGGGGAGGGGAAGAAAUGUCUUUUUUUUUUUUCAUCAGAGGUUAUUAAUCUCCAUAGACUCUGAACAGCAGAGGGCACCCCAGGUCCACACUAAUUCUGUAAGGAAAAUCAAAAGCAGGGAGGGCAAAUUUGCUCUGGCCCAGAUGAGAAACUCCUCAAAGGCAGGCUUUAUUGCUUAUCUCGUAACAUAAAACUAAGUCUAAAUUUUGGAGAAGACUAUGUAGGGUUUAUGAGCUAGUUGUUUUCAAGUAACUGAGAGCUGUCACCCAGAACAUGGUUGGUUCUCUGUCCAGAGAGUAGGAAAAGAAGACACAAUGGACAUAAAUGGCAAGAAAAUGAAGGAAUGAACAAACAUUUUAUUAGUCGUAAAAGUUAAAACAACCAAAUGUGAUAUGAGAACGCAGCAAAAUCUGAUAAAUUAAGUAAAUUACUUGGUUCUCUUAUUUAGGAUCAACCUAGCCAGACCUUGGACAAAGGUCUUAGCAAAUGUAUAAGUAAUUUUGGAAUGCUUAUUUUUAAAGGGGAAAAAAAUCUAAAUACCAUUGGUCUGGAGGCAGCCUAUCUAUUAAGGAUAACUUGGGAGCACAAUUCUCAAAAACUCGGAAAGCUGUGUUAAAGAAUAAAUAUUUUUGGAGGUGCAGGAGCAUAGUCUGUGGGCAAGACAACAAUCUAGCCAAACACUAGAAGAAAUUUCCUACUGUAUGACUUUUGGAAAGGGGAACAGGCAGACUUGAAUGGCACCAGUCUCUCCUUGUUUGGAGAUAUUUAGAGCAAGACUGGAGGGUCAAGAAUGCAAGAUUUGUCUGGAGAAAACUAAACUAGUAGGGAAACUGGGGAUAUAGAAAAAUUCCACUCCCAGUCACCCUAUGCUCUAGUGUCUUAGAAAGAUCUUAACGGAUUUAGUAUAAUGAUAUCCAUUAAUCAUCACUGGGUGUGAUCCGUCAAUAAUAGAAUCUUAUAACCUGGCAGUCAAAUGCCUGGGCAAGAUAACUAGAUAAGUUACUAGUAGAUGUUUGGAUUAUAUGAUCUUCAAGAUCAAUCCAUCUCUACAGGUGUUUUCCAUCACUAAGUGAAGCAACAGCUAAGUGGGAAAUCAUGUGACUUUGUUCUUUUUCCUCACUCCUCUACCUUUUGGAAUGCUCACCUCAGUGCUGGAAUAAUUAUCAAGGAGAGUAUUUCUGUUUAUAUUUACAUUCAUUGAAGAGGAAGGGAUUGCAAGAGAGUAAGCAAGCACACAGUGGGAAAUGCAUAUUGAAAGCAAUGUAGUGGCCCUGUCAGCCCUGAGUGUGCUUGGGGCUGGGAGUCUCAUGCUUACUGUGCAAACAGCUCUGUUUAUUCUACAUUGUGUGCCUGCUUAUUCUCUUGUAAUCCCUUCCUUUCCAAUCUCUUCACUCUGUAAUGGGGGGGGGGGGGAGAAGAACAAAAUGGGUCAGACACAGUAUAAUGCAUACUGGUUGUAAUAACAAUCACUUGACUGAGGGACGCUGCAAAAGUCAUAAAGUUAUAUUUUCAGUACUAUUAUAAUUUCCAGUGGUCCCUGAACAAGGCAGAUGGUAAGUGAGAGUUAUUUGUACUGUCAAGCUGCAGGGAAAUCAUAAGAUCCAGACAGUUCAAAUGGGUAUAAAGAUUUAUUGCAAGCUUAAUCUGAACUACUAACAGUCCAAGCAAAUUGGCUGUAGAUAAGAGUCAAUAAAAUUUAAGGUGGGCUGGACUUAAAUCUCUUGUGGGUGUGGACUCAUGACUGAUGACGUAUUUGACCCUUGCCCUGGGCUCAGCUUGGACAUCUCUUACAGUAUUAUUAUUACAUGAUGUACCUGUUUAUAACUGGUGGGAAGAAUAUAAGAGAAAAAAAAUGGAAAAUUGUACCCAGGACAGCAAACGGGGAUUCUCCUGAUUUUAUAAGAUUUUUAUAUUGGAUUCUCCUGAAAUGAUAAGCAAAUAAUAAUAAUAAUAAUAGUAGUAGUAGUAGUAGUAGUAGUAGUAGUAGUAGUAGUAGUAGUAGUAGUAGUAGUAAAGUUGGAAGGGA